CUGACUGCCUGGCCCUUCAGCGACAUCAGCGAAGAGGAAGAGUUAAAUCGGUCAGAGAGAGCGUGUGGAGCUGCAGAGAGCGAAUGGACCGACAAACCCGGCUCUGAGCUGACAGCAGAAACUCAGGUCUUUACUGUUCGUGGUGGUUGAAAAUGGACCCCAACAGUGAGACCAAGACGAUGACCUCUUACCUCCCAGCCAACCCCGGCAGUGAGACCCAGAAUGUGGCCCCAACCAAAGGCCCAGGCUGCAGCUGGCUGGUGGUGGUAGCAGCUUUAGCUGCCUCUCUGAGUGGCCUGAUGCUGGGCUAUGAAAUGGGCCUAACUUCUGGGGUCCUGCUGCACCUGCGAGGACUCCUCUCCCUCUCCUGCCGGGAACAGGAACUGCUGGUCAGCUCCCACCUGCUCGGCGCUCUCCUCAUCUGCCUGGCUGGAGGCCCCAUUCUGGAUCGCUACGGUCGCCGCUGCUCUUUGCUCCUGAGUGGCGCCUUGGUGGUUGUGGGAACUGUCGUGCUCGUUGCUGUGACUUCACUUGUCUCACUCACACUUGGCCGCGUGAUAGUCGGCAUGGGAACGGCACUGUCAGGGACAGCGGCGUGUCUGUACAUUGCAGAGAUCUCCCCAAGAGAGAGGAGGGGUCUUCUGGUGACGCUGUAUGAGCUGAUGUUAGUUGUGGGCGUUAUGCUGGGAUUCAGCUGCAGUUACGCCUUCGCUACUCUGCCCAAUGGUUGGAUGUACACAUUUGGACUGGUGAUCCCCCCAGCACUGCUGCAAAUAGGUGCACUCCUAUUCCUCCCGUGCAGUCCACGCUUCCUGGUUGCUCAGGGUAAACUGGAGCAGGCCAAAAUAGUACUGGCCAAAAUGAGGGGCGGUGUCACGGAGCAUGUAGAGGCGGAGCUCACGAACAUCCAGACGGGACUUAAAGAGGAAUCAGAGCACAGUUUCUGGGAGUUGUUCAGUACCAAGUCCAACCUCCGUUCACGGCUGCUAAUGGGUGUAGCUUUAGUUUUCCUCCAGCAGGCUACUGGUCAGCCUAACAUCCUUUCCUACGCUUCACCGCUUCUCCGCAGCGUAGGCUUCAACAGCGACGCUGCAGCAACUCUGGCCUCUACAGGGUUUGGGGUGGUCAAAGUAGUUGGCACCAUCCCCGCCGUGUUGCUGGUCGACCGCGUGGGACCUAAGAGCUUUUUGUGCGUCGGCGCCGUGGCAAUGGGACUCUCGCUCGUUGUACUUGGCGCACUGACACUCCAAAGCCACACCCACCUCACCAGCCUGUGCAAAAGUCACACGACGCCAAACUACACCCAUACUCUGUGGGAUUUAAACAGAAACUCUACAGAGCCAGAAAACAGUGACAUUUUUCCUCACCUCCCAGGUCAGUGGAGUAGUGAGGAGACAGAGAGGACUAGCAGGGAGGAUGAUGGGAGUCAGGAGUUGGGAGGAGGACGGACUCAAGAAGUGUCUUCCUCGCUGAAAUGGGCAUCAUUGAUCAGUCUGCUGGCGUAUGUGGCGGCUUUCUCCAUUAGCCUCGGGCCAAUGGUGUAUGUGGUCCUCAGCGAGAUCUUUCCAAUGGGAGUCAGAGGCAGGGCCGUGUCUGUGGUGUCGGCUGUAAACUGGGCCACCAACCUACUCAUCUCCCUCACUUUCCUCACAAUUACGGAAAAAAUUGGUGUUCCUAACAUGAUGUUCCUCUACGCUGCCAUGAGCUUUGUGCUCCUGGUGUUUGUUAUCCUCUGUGUUCCUGAAACCAAAGGUCGAACCCUGGAGGAGAUAUCAAAGGAACUUGCUAAGAAGAAGCAUUUUCAGAGGAGUCUUUGUGGGCAGGUUCAGCCUCAGGAGAGUCUGAUCCAUAGCAGCGCAGCUCCGGAGAUACACGUGAAAAACUGAGACCUCCACCCCUCCACAGCUGUGCACCUUGACCGAGCAUCUAGAAGAAUACUAUUAUACUAGUCUUUUAUGUGGAGUCACAUCUUUACAUGUCGGCUGCUCCAACUGUAGAUCCUUAUAGCUUCAGAGGUGAAGGGAGAAACAUACAACAUACACUACAGUAAUUACAUAAUGAAGAGGUAUUUACUCCAAUUAGGACAGCUCAGGGUAUUUGUUUUUUGUUUUGUUUUUUUUAAAUCAAGAGAAGACACUCCAUAUGUCAUAUGUAGCAUAAACACACGGCAUUUUAUCACAGCAUUUUAGUCGAGGCAGUUUUAAAUGGCACAUUUCCUGCGGUGAGGCAAUCCAAAGUGCUUUACACAAAAUAAUUAAGUUUUUAAACUGUUUGAGUUGGAAUUAAAACAGUAAAUAUAAAUCCAUAGAGGACACUGCAGGAUAAUCACAGAUGAGCACAACCACCUCCACUCUAAAUACUAAAAAAAACAACAUUAAAUCAUGGUGAAGUAAAUAUUAAGUUGAAUGUUUUUCUGCAAGAAUUACCUUUUUACAAUGUAAUUUACUUUUUUUUUAAUGUUGUGCCUUGAAUGUAGGAGUUAUUUAUAAACGUCGGCCACCUUGAAAAUCUUUAAAACCACUGUGUUAUUUUGUUAAAGCUGUUAAAUGUAACCUGCUAUAUGGACAAAAGGAAAAGUACAAAGCAACCUGUUUUAUCACUAAUCUUUAUUAAUUUAUACAAAGUACAAAAAAGUGGCACACAUCCAUAUUUUACACUAGUUCAAAAAGUCUCCAUCCCACAUACUUCAGACAUAUUUUCAUAUACAUACAUAGGUUACCUCUAUGGAUAAUCAGCACAAGGGUAAGCAGCCGUGUUAUGACAAGGAUUGCAGUUUCCACCAUGUAAGAGAAGAGAUCUUGGUUAAGCUCAGCAUCAUACUCGGACAGGAUUUCACUGAACACUUAUAGUAGUUAAAUGUUGCUUUUAAAUACCAACAAAGACAAGCGGAUGCCUCAGGAAUGCACACGUUGCAAACACCUUUCCUACCCUGAAUUUUGAGUGUCUCAUUUGGACGGAGAAAGUCUACACAGUGUUGUAAAAGCAUUUUAUACCUCCAAAUAUUAGAAAACAAUUUCUUUUUUUGUUCUUUCUCAGUGCCACUGCUGCCAUUAGUCACCAGGAACUCCCAAGUAAUGCUGGCUCAGCAACUCUCCACCUUUUUAAAAUAAAAUAUUCUAAAAGCUUUCCCGACAACAAAUAGGACACCAAUCUUACUCUGUACAUUAAAACCAGCUUCAUAUUUGAAAGCUUACUGUGGGAUGAAAACUAUUGGGAAAUGAUAAGAAAUUAAGUGACAUAACUACACCCUGAUGCCACAGUUGUGAAACAGAAACAAAUGUACACGGAGUGUGUGCAAAAUAAUUCAAAUCAAAGAUGAAUGCACAUUGUGAGCAGAUAUGUGGAUAUAUCCUGAUAAAGACAGUCCAGAUUCAGAUUCACGCAAAUGUCGGUAAUACAGGAAAUAUCCUGCAUUUGUGUUAACGCCUCUACAACUAAGCUAUGGACGGAAACUCUUCUUGAAACAGUGGCAUAUUGGAUGACUUGUUGUUUCCAUGGUUAAAAGCGACACUAAGCAGUGUAAACAUACCGAUACGGUCACCGCUGUUAAGCAUGAGAAUGGCUCAGUUGUAAGAGCUGGUCUUUCUUUGUCCAUGCAAAACUGACCAUGAGCAGAUAAAGAGCAAGAGCAAAAUGCUUCCACCUCCCAUCUAAAUGUUGUUUAGAGAAGCAGUUUUUGCAUUAAGACAUUUGCAUGUUCACACUGUUAAAAAAAAAAAAAAAGAUCACAAGAGCCACACAGUCCACAACAACACUGGUGGGUUUUUGUUUUUUUAAGAUGGUGAGUUGAUGAGUCUUUAAAGAUCUGACUGUGUUAGAUUAACUGUAGUGAGAAAAUCAAGGAAAUAAAUACACAGAUAAGGUG